GUCGUAAUACACCACCUGUCAACGAUAAACUGUUUAGUGGGGGAGUCCACGCGAAUGAAACGGUAGAAACAGUACACUUUCAUACGAACAUCGAUUUAGAUUUAAGAAAAAAAAAAGAAAUUGCAAAACUACGCAUACGUACACAUGACACGAUGUUACGUUCAAGAUCCCAGACCAGUGUAUGGGAACAAGAAGCGAAAUUUGUACAGGAUCGAAUAUCCAACGUGGAGAAACAUUUCGCAGAAUUAUGCGUGACGUUUGCGGCAUAUGCAAGAAAAGCGGCAAGGUUUAUUGCGCGAUAAAGGCGAUGAAAUUGCAAAAGUAAUUCAGACCUACGCUCAUUCGGAAAAUAUAAAUCGAUCACUUUCUACAGGAUUGACGAACUUUUCAGCGACUCUCUCGGUGAUAGGCGACUACAGUGAUGCCAAAGUACAAAGAUUCGAUGCAAAAAUAAUUGCUCCGCUUUCUCAAUAUGCGACUAUCUGUAAACAUGCUCGUGAUGACGUGAAAAAUACCUUUGCGGCACGAGACAAAGAGUUAACUAGGAAAAGACAUCUGGACAGGCUCAGAGAAAGAAAUCCUAGAAACAGACAAAUGAUCUCACAAGCUGAAUCGGAAUUAAUGAAAGCUUCCGUCGAAGUUUCAAGAGUUGUAAAGGGGUUGGAAGAGCAAAUUGAUUCAUUCGAAAAAAGGAAAUUACAUGACUUAAAAACCUUACUGUUAGAUUUUGUUGCUAUCGAGUUAAGUUUUCACGCAAAAGCUUUGGAGUUAUUGACGAAAGCUUAUCAAGACGUUAGUGAAAUCGAUGAAGUUAAAGAUCUAGAGGACUUUCAGACAAUGAGAGGAAGUAUGAAUGGGGAAUUUCGUGAAGUGAUGCGUGUUCCGGAUUCUGUUGCAAGAUUGGCUACCGUUGAACGAACUUCAUUUAGACAAGCUUAUUCUCUAACUAAUUUGGCUAGUCGUUUUACUUCUUCUCCCAUCAUUUCACAGAAAUUAGAUACCCGUGCGACGGGGUCCACGGAUUCUGCAAAAUCUAGUUUAAAAACCAACUCUUCAGAAUCUGUACAAAUUGAGGAAUAUAAAGAGAGUUCAGAAGAAACAGACUCUGAAUCUAUUAAAGAUAAACCUAUUAAACUGCAAACAGAUUCUAAACAUGAUGGUCCACGCAAAUUUAUAUUUAAAGCAAUACCCCCAAUUCCUGCAUAUCAGAAGUUUUUAACAAAGCCUAUGAUUAUUAAGUAUAAUUAAGUAUGUCUCCCGUUUUUAUUUAACAAGAAAAAAGAAAAUGUAGAUUAGAUUGGAUUACUUUACUGCAAAAAAGGUGAUUUAUUUCUUUUAUAACUAAAAGUACAUAUCAAUAACCUUUAGAUAUCAUUCUUGACCAAUAGCAUUAACCAAUAUUAAAAAUGUUUUUGUUUGUAUAUCAAAAUCAAUCUUAUAAUAGAUAUGAUCAUUUUUCACCUCCUUCUACACCAGCCUGUGUCAUUAGGUCUGUGAUGUUCUUUUCUAGAUCAUCUAUCCUGUUUCCCAUUUCAUCUAGUAUUUUCUAUUAAGGAUAGUUAUAAUAAUUAACAUUCCGAGUACAAAACUGUUAAAGUAAAUAUAAAAUUUCCUUAAAUAACUUCUUUUUUUUAUAUAUUAGUUCUCACUUUCAUAAAAUAAACAUUUCGGCGUUCAUAACCAUUACAUUUUUUGAGGUUAUUUAAGGAAGCAUGUUUGUAAAAAAAGGCUUAGAAAAGGAUAUUUUUUCCAAGAAUUUGAUCUAACAUUGUUUGAAAUUUACCCUGCAUAUUUUGUAGUAGUGUUUGUACCUAAAAAUAAAAAAAGAAAAUAUAAACAAGGAAUCGUAACAUUGAGUUACAACAAAUGACACAACAAUACAUCGGCCUAUACUUACAUAUUCUGUCAAUUCUUGCAUAUUUUUUGGUUCCGCAUUAUUACCCAUUCCAUAAUUAUCAGUAUCUUCAACUUUAUGAUCUGGUUUAAUAUCUGCCAUUUCUAAACAAUUUAAACAUAAAUAGAAAUACCAAAUACCAUUUAAUGGUAUUGGAUAAGCAUUAUGAUGUAAUGCUUGCAUAAAACACAUAUGAACAAUAACAUUUUGCAAUGUUGAAGAACACAUAAAAUACACGCAAAUAUUAUAAAAUAAAAUUAACUCUGCAAAUAAAAUACCAAUCUAACUUCA